GUCGGAAGGAAGAAACAUGCAGCAUGUGGCGGGCGCCGCUUUUCGGGCAAUACUGCAGAACAUCCAGGCUCUUGAGUUGUCCUUUGCCACCAAAGCAGUGGAAUGCUUCAGAAACGCCGGCGAGGGCCAGCUCAACUACGACAAGACCGUGGAGGCGCUCGGCACCCUGGAGCUCACGGACUUCUUGGGAGAAAUGAGAGAGGGCCAAG